AUGAACAAGCAGCUGCUCUCGUGCUCGCUGAAAAGCGGCAAGCAGGUCACCAUGGUCGUCGCUUCAGUGGCCACAGAUGGUGUCGAUCAGCAGGUCGAAAUCUCGUACUAUGAUCAGAAAGUCAUAGGAAACGGAUCGUUCGGAGUCGUGUUCCUUGCAAAACUGUCGACAACCAACGAGAUGGUGGCAAUCAAAAAAGUGCUUCAAGACAAACGAUUCAAGAAUCGAGAAUUGCAAAUUAUGCGGAAGUUGAACCAUCCAAAUAUUGUCAAACUCAAGUAUUUCUUCUAUUCAAGUGGUGACAAGAAGGAUGAAUUGUAUUUGAAUCUGAUACUCGAAUACGUUCCAGAGACUGUCUACAGAGUGGCCCGACACUAUUCCAAACAGCGACAGCAGAUUCCUAUGAUCUACGUGAAGUUGUACAUGUACCAACUUCUUCGUUCACUCGCCUACAUCCAUGGAAUCGGAAUCUGUCACCGUGACAUCAAACCACAGAAUCUGCUCAUCGACCCGGAGACUGGAGUUUUGAAGCUUUGUGAUUUCGGAUCGGCAAAGUAUUUGGUACGCAACGAGCCGAAUGUCUCCUACAUUUGCUCCCGUUACUAUCGUGCUCCGGAGCUCAUUUUUGGAGCCACGAACUACACGAACUCGAUUGAUGUCUGGUCGGCAGGAACAGUGAUGGCAGAACUCCUUCUCGGUCAACCAAUCUUCCCAGGAGAUUCUGGAGUCGAUCAGUUGGUGGAGAUUAUCAAAGUGCUUGGAACACCGACUCGGGAACAGAUUCAGAGCAUGAAUCCAAAUUACAAAGAGUUCAAAUUCCCUCAAAUCAAGGCACAUCCGUGGAGUAAGGUGUUCCGUGUCCACACACCGACCGACGCCAUCGACCUCAUUUCGAAGAUCAUUGAGUACACGCCGACGUCUCGACCAACACCACAAGCGGCUUGUCAACACGCGUUCUUCGACGAGCUCAGGAAUCCCGAGUCGCGCCUUCCAUCGGGACGACCUCUGCCGACACUGGAAAUGGACGGAACGACUGGAGGAGUUGAGGUGUCGACGACGAGCGGAGAAGAUGUGGCUGGACCAUCGGCCUAA